AGCCCGUGGGUGGAGUAUGUGGACCACGACUUGCUCAUGAAUACCAACAGGAAGCUCUCUCCCGCUGGUCCCAGGCACAGGGUCGUGCCUCAGCGCAAAUCUUUCACCACUAGCAGCGGUUCAAUGCAGCAAAUCGAUGACACAAAUCCUUCCCAGCGUAUCAUCAAAAGAUUACAGUCGUAUGAUGCAACUGCGCCCCCUCCCCCGUUGAGAUUCGGCCCUCCAGUGGUGCCAAUUGUCACCAGACAGAUUCUCCUUCACAAAGGCGUCAUGCUCGAUUCUAUUCAGCCAUCGUUGGGUGUUCUACAGGAGUUUGCCAAAUCGUUCCUGCUACGCGUUUCUGAACACAUGGCGCUAGACUGUUCGUUGAUGGAACUGCUGCCGACUCUGUUCCGUGACGUGGAGACGGAGGUGACUCUGCACGCCGCCUGCGACACGGCCGAGCCGGGAACGAACCCACGGCGGUCGCACACUAAUGCCAGCUCGCUAGUGUGCGCCGGUCCAGCUGAAAUCAAAAUCAGG